UAUAUUUUAUAUGCGCAUUUUAACCUUCUUUUAUUUUUUGAUAAUCGUCAGAACCACUUAAUGGAUGUAUUCACUAACUUAUUAAAGUUCAAUUAAAGAUAAAACAGAAGAUAAUAGGUGAAGAUAUUUUAUCUGCAUAGAUUACUCCUUAAGAAAAAAAAAAACACAAUUGAGUUUAUGCUUCAAGCUGUCUCCCUUUCGUACAGCUCAAACACAACAAUUAACUUUUCCAAGGCAGUAAAAAAAAAAAAAAAAAAACACACACACACAAAAAACAGAUAUUCUGUUAGAAUUACUUAGAGUAACAAGGAAUAUUGGCGAAAGUAAAUAUGUGAGAAGAAAGAAGAAGAAGGAAAUAUAUGUGCGACAAGGUUUUCCGUCGUUUCGCUUCCCAAUCUUCACUUGUCUCGACUUUUGUUUACAUGCACAGCUGAGGCACGAAGGCGGGGCAAGUGAAUUCGUUUCCCUUCCUGAUUCCUCAUUUCCAGUCAUGUUCGACGGGGAAGAAGAUUUUUUUGAUGAUGAUGAUUUCUUGCAAGAUGUGUUACAGAUCGAGACAGCUGGAGGGAGCUUUAAUACAAAUGAGUCUGUAUCUCAAAACUUGCCAAAUGCAAGUUUUCAAGAUAAGAAAGUUUGUGAAGAAGUUUUAAAAAAACAGUUUGUUCCACAAAAAAGUGUAUGUGCCAGCAAGUAUGUAACUGAUGACAGUUUUGAUUUUAGUGAGGAUUUUCCUUUUGAACUGAGUAAAGAAGGUACUCUCAGUGGCCAACAAUCGCAGGGUGAUAACAUGCCACCAGAUUCUACUUGUACAGUGCCUCAACCAUUCUCAUCUACACAGCACAUAGAUGGAGAUGGUAACUCUGUCAACUCAAAUAAAAUUAGUGAUGGAAAUGUAGAUUUCAGAUCAAAAAUCCUCAAGUCACUGAAUGUAACAAAGAAAUAUAAUCCUUUGUCACAAGAUAGCUUCAGAACCAAGGUUCUCCUGGAAUCUGUGAAAAAUAACAGCAUGUCCACUUUGCGGCCAGAAAAGAGGAAGCUGCCACAUGAUGCAUCUGGGAAUGAUACACCUAGCAUCUGCACCAUCAGGAGCCCUGGAGGACCACUGAUCCAGAGAAGGAAGUUCCCAGGACCGGCAGGGAUCUUACCUGACCUGGGAUCCAGUGCAACAGAAUCUUCUGUACUAAAACUACAAGAGAAAGCUGCUCCAGUUCCUGUACCUCAGGAAGUGGUGUGUUCGCAAAAUUCUGCAAAUGAUUUUACCAGUGGCCCAUGGCAGCAGAUGUUAAAUGACUUAGAAUUAGACCAGAAUAAUCCCAAGUGCCCACUUGAAGUCUUCAACAUUAAAUGGGUUCUUCGAAGAGCAAGCUUGAGGGGCCAGGCUGCAGUGAGAAAAGUGCCCUUUUUAGCAGUUAUGCUACGGAAUCUAGAUGUGACUCAUGUUGAUGCCCAAGCUUUGCUGAAAGACAAAACAGGUGAAAUGAAUGCCACAAUUGCAAGUUCAGUGAUGGAGGAGUAUGGAGCUGUGCUACAAACCGGGUCUGUUCUGCUUCUGCGUGGGGUGACUGUUCUGUCUCCUGUUGGUGUAAGAACCACUUCAAGAGAACACCUACGGAAGCACUAUCUCAAUAUUACCCUCAAUACUGUUGUUACCAUCUAUACUCCAGAUGAUUCUGGAAAUGUUGUCAGAACACUGAUUAGUGAAGUAGACAAGAAUGAGUUAUAUAAUGAAGCAGCUGCUCCCAAAACUGCAGCCUGUUCAAGAGCAAUUGUGGAGGAGGAAGAGGAUGAAAUAAUGGAUAUGUCAUUGAAUAAUAAUCAAUCCCUUUUUUCCAUGAAUGAUUCUUUUGCUAGAAAUUUGCUCCACCCCAAUCAAGUGUCCUUAAAUCAAAAACAGUUGCCAAAUUAUAGGUCUCCAAAAGUAGGUGGCAACAGCUCAGUUCAGAAUUACAGUCCAAGAGUGCAGAGCAAGAAUAAUUUAACACUUACUGCCAGUGCAAAUGGUCCGAAGUUGCAGUCUGGAGUCAGUUCGGUCCUGCCUGGCAUUACAAAUUCUCCCCAAUCAAGGGGAUUUCAAUUCAGUCAGCCAAGAGUAUCAGCUCCAAUCAUGAGCAGAAAUUAUACUGCUAGAUCUGAAAGACCACAGCUAAGAGCACAACAACCUCAAAACACUAGUUCAUCACAGAGCAAACCAUUCUUUUCCUUUCGGCCAACAGGACAGCAGGAUGCAACCACAGCAUCUGGCAGAACAAGCAGUGGUCCCUGUGAUUUUUUUCUUAAUAGCAAUAUGCAGAUACAGGAAACUGAAGAAAAGGAAGUUAGAGAUCUGCUCAACAGUGUUGAUGCUGAAUCAUUGUUUGGAGAUUUUUGAUCAUAUAGUAUAAGGAGUUACUUGGUACUAGUAUCUAUUUUUUUGUCUAAUUGUAAAUUUUAUAUGUAUUUUUUUUUUUUUUUUUUUUUUUUUUUUUUGUGAGUGUGUGCGUGUGUGCGUGUGUGCAUCAGGAAAUUAUAUAAAGGUACCUAUUAUGAAUAUGAUGUUAUUGCCAAUUUUCUUGAUAUCUGAUAAACAGGUAAACAUUGGGUUAAAUAUUUUUGUAUUUUUUAUAUUGAAUAUAUGGAUUACUGUGAGAAAUUAUAUUUCAUAUGAAUAAUGUAUAUAGUUAUUAGUAUCUUUGACUAUUGUAAGGUGUAUGUGACAGCAAAAUAGAAAUAUAUAGAAUGAUUCCAAAGGGGA